CUCCACCAACGAACCGAAUAUGGUUUGGUUUUUAUGAAAUGCCAAAAUUGGAUUUACUAAUAGAGCCCAUUGUUUCAGCAACGCAGUUGAAAUUCUCUCCAAUUAUUAACGCUAUAGAAUCCAAAAUUCAUGAAAUGAUAAUGGACUCUAUAGUCUUACCAAAUAUGGAUGACGCGCCUUUCUUUGUAAGCUUUGGUAAAGGGGGAAUUUACGAAGGUGAUAUUAAAGUUGGGGAAGACGGAUCUCAGGAACAACAGGAACAACCUAAUCUGGACAUAGAAGACGUUAAGGUGUCCGAACCGGAGCCGGAACCGGAAGCGAUUCCAACUAUUAAUUUAGAAUCAGAAAGUGAAGAAAAAUUAGAUAAUAAACCCGUUCAAGAAAAACCAGUUGUCAACUUAAUACCUGCAAAAUUGGAAUCUAGUACUUCUACAGCUUGGAUACCAGCAAAGGCGAGAAUAAAUAAAACAUUGUCAUCAUUGCAUGAAUCAUUCAGCGAGCCUAAUCUACUAAAGACCAACGCUCGAUUACGAUCUAUAGCAGGCAAACAUUUUAGAAGUAGUGAUUGGACUCGCUUAAAAAAACGUGACUCGGGUCCCCCGAGUCUAUCGGGUGACCCGUUUAACCCGGGCAGGGACGAUGAUUUUAUGCUGCAAUAA